AAUACAUAGUAAAAUCAUUUUGUAAAUCAAGUAAUAUAUAUGCAUCAUCUAUCUGUAUCGUUUCACUUCAUUCUUCCUUACAACAGUACACAGCAGCAUACUGAAAAGUGAAAACAUGGGAAGACAAAGUAGCAUGUUCACAGGAAUCAUCGUCUUGAUGACGAUGUUUCUUUCAUUUCUGGUAUGUUUGUGCAGUUCCACAGACACCAUUACCUUCAACCAUACUCUCAAAGACGGGGAUUUAUUAAUCUCUAAUGAUAAAUCUUACGCUCUCGGUUUCUUCACUCCCGGAAAUUCCACCUCCGCCAAGCGAUACGUCGGAAUAUGGUACCGAAAAAUACCAGAAACGGCCGUUUGGGUUGCUAACAGAGACAACCCCGUCAACGGCACAUCCGGAAUCCUCUUCAUCGACAGCACCGGAAAUCUUGUCAUCCAAGACAACAAAACUAAUGUUUCUGUCUGGAACACAAGUCUUUCUUUUCCGGCGACUGGGAUAAAAGCUUAUUAUUCUGUUCAGCUACAAGAAACUGGGAAUCUGGUGUUGUAUCAUGACCACCCAGAUAGACGGGAAACUCCAUGGCAGAGCUUCGAUUAUCCCACGGACACAUUUCUUCCUUACAUGAAAUUCAGAGGGGACAAGAAAACUGGGCGGAGCCAGUUUCUUUCGGCGUGGAAGUCCGCGGAUGAUCCCGGCAGGGGUGAGUAUGUGGUGCGAUUGGAUCUGAAAGGGAUUCCUCAGGCGAUUAUGUACAAGGCGUCGUCCCCUGUCUGGAGACUUGGGCCAUGGAAUGGCGUUCGGUGGAGCGGCAUUCCAGAAAUGACUCCAAACAUCAACUCCUAUCACUACUCCGACAACGACGAUAAAGUCACGAUGUGGUAUGAGAGACGGGACACGUCUAUACACUCAGUAGUGAUGGUAAAUGAGUCUGGGGUGUUCAGUAAGAUCAUAUGGCAGGAAGGGAAUGAUGGUGUGAUGAGAUGGGUGGGGAUGUGGUACUACCCCAACGACGAUUGCGACCGGUACGGCCACUGUGGGGCGUUCGGCGUUUGCGAUCCCUUCACUCCUGGGAAGAUUGCCUGCAAAUGUCUCCCUGGGUUCAAGCCCAAGUCAAGGCGGGAUUGGAGCCAAGGGUGCUGGAGAAACGAGACAGAAGUGUGCCAUAACGGUGAGGGGUUCUUGAAACUAGAGAACAACAAGCUCCCGAACACUGAAGUGGCGGAAGUGAACAGAACCAUUGGGUUGGAGGAAUGUGAGGAGCUGUGUUUGAAGAACUGUUCUUGCACGGCAUAUGCAAGCUCGAAUAUCAGCGAUGGAGGAACUGGAUGCAUCACUUGGUAUGGAGAGUUGAUAGAUAUGAGGGAGUUCACAAGUGGAGGUCAAGAUAUUUAUGUUCGAGUCUCUGCAUCUGAUUUAGAUCAUCAACUUGUAAAGAAAUCUAAAGAGCAUCAUGGGAAAAGGCUCAUAGUCUCGGUGAUUCUGCCCAUUGCUGCUGUGAUUCUUGUGCUCUAUUGUUUGAUCUCUACCAAUAUCAUGAAAGGUAAAACACCACCAAGCAGUGAUAAUACCAGUUUACAAUUGGAGAAAUAUAUGGAAGAAGCUGGCCAUGCAGAUGUAUUAGCCUUUGAUCUAAACACCAUUAGAGCUGCCACUAAUAACUUCUCCGCAGAUAACAAACUUGGAGAAGGCGGAUUUGGUUCUGUUUACAAGGGUAUGUUGCAAAAUGGACAAUUUGUAGCUAUCAAAACACUCUCAAGAACAUCUCAACAAGGGAUAGAAGAAUUCAAAAAUGAAGUGAAGCUAAUUGCCAAACUUCAACACAGAAAUCUUGUGAGGCUUUUAGGAUGUUGCAUUCAACAACAGGAGAAGAUGUUGGUUUAUGAAUAUUUGCCUAACAAAGCCCUGGACAGUUUCAUCUUCGAUAAUAGACAAGGGGUGUUGUUAGAGUGGAAAAAGCGCUUUGAAAUUAUUUUAGGAAUUGCUCAAGGGUUGUUAUAUCUUCAUCAAGAUUCUAGACUACGAAUCGUUCAUAGAGAUUUGAAAGCUAGUAAUAUUUUGUUAGAUGACUCCAUGAACCCGAAAAUAUCAGAUUUUGGAAUGGCUAGACUUUUUGAAGAAGAACAAGUCGAAGCAAACACAAAUCGAGUAGUUGGAACAUAUGGCUAUAUGUCGCCUGAAUAUGCAAUGGGAGGUAACUUUUUAGUAAAGUCUGAUGUGUAUAGUUUCGGUGUUUUGCUGUUGGAAAUUGUGAGCGGAAAGAAGAACAAACACAAGUACAAGGAAACCUCAUUGAAUUUAAUAGGAGAUGUAUGGGAUUUCUGGAAUGAAGAAAGAGCUCUGGAAAUUGUCGAUCCAUUAUUAGGGGAGUCGUAUGAUGAUCAAGAAGUUUUGAGGUGCAUCCAUGUAGGUUUAUUGUGCGUUCAACUAUAUCCAAAUGACAGACCAACCAUGUCAGAAGUGAUUUUCAUGUUAAGUAAUGGUAUAGAACUCUCACGUCCAAAUCGACCAGGAUUUGUAUUAAAUCAAGGGAAUAAUGCAGCUCCAUUAUCAUAUUCUAUAAGUGAUGGUGGAAAUCAAUCAAGUAGUAGUAUGUCAAUUACUGAACUCGUUGGUCGUUAAAUAGCAACAUGCAUGUUAAUAUAAGUUUGAAAUUCAAACGUGUAUAUUAAUAUAGCUUAGGAUAUAUUACAUAGUUAUUGAAUUUAGCCAAUAGAAGUUGCUAUGAGUUUUAAUUUCCUUGUCUUCCAAAAAAUAUAUAUAUCUUAGGAUAAGCAUGCAUGAUGUUAGUUAUAUAUUGAAGUUUUCUCAUCAACUUCUUUUAAUUUGUAAUUUAUGUAAAGCCUAUCUUGUAAUGAUAUUAUCAUUGUAAAAUAUAAUGGGAAUUAUAAUCCAACACUAAAUAUCUUUUUGUAAAA